UUGAUUCUUAUCAUCCUAAUCAGAGAGAAGGUGAGAGGAAAAUACUUAGAGAACGGGCCUUGUCAGCCUCGCACAUGUGACUUUCCUGUUUCAUAUAUUGGAGACAAGCCAAGAAGAUUUAUUCCGGAAUGGUUUGAUGAGUUUGGAAGUUGGCUUGAGUAUAGUGAGUCCAAGGGUAGAGCAUACUGCUUUUAUUGUUUCUUGUUUAGAGAAAAGAAAGAUGCAGGAUAUGAAGCAUUUGUUGUUAAUGGUUGGAAUGGUUAUCACAGGAAAGAUAGACUACGACUACAUGUUGGUGAUGUUGGUGGCCUGCACUUUAUUGCAAUGAAGAAGUGUGAUGAUUUGUUAAGGAGGGAGCAACACAUAGAUGUUGCUUGGAAUCACCACUAUGAAAAAGCUAAGAGGGCUUAUUUUACACGGUUGAAUGGAUCAAUUGAUACUGCUAGGCUAUUGCUGAAGCAAGGAUUGCCUUUUCGUGGUCAUGAUGAGUCAAAAAACUCCAACAAUAAAGGGAAUUUCUUGGAAUUUUAUGAUUGCUUAGUGCAGCAUGAUAUAGAGUUAAACAAGGCUGUGACUACAAAUGCAGCAGGUAAUAGUUGUAUGCUAGCUCCUGAAAUCCAGAGAGACAUUGUUGAAUGCUUUGCAAAUGAAGUGCUACAUUCAAUCCUUGAUGAGCUAGGGAAUGAUGUGUUUUGCUUGCUAGUUGAUGAGUCAAGAGAUGUCUCAUGCAAAGAACAAAUGGCCGUGGUUUUGAGGUAUGUUGAUAAAUAUGGGAUCGUCAAAGAGAGGUUUGUUGGCCUUGUGCAUGUGGCUGAAACAACUUCUUCUCACCUCAAGUCAUCUAUUGAUUCUCUAUUUGCAAAGUUCAAACUAAGCUUAAAGCAAGUUCGAGGUCAAGGAUAUGAUGGUGCCAGUAAUAUGAGAGACACCAAUUGUGCCUUUAUAUUGCUGAUGUACGAGAAGAUGGUAGAUUCUCCAACUUAAAUACUAUUGGUGAGCUUUCCCAGAAAAUGGUGCAGUCAAAGAAGCACCAUCGUUAUACAUUUGUUUAUCGGCUCUUGAAGCUUGUGCUAGUAUUGCCUAUCGCUACUGCAACGGUAGAGAGAUGUUUUCAUGCCAUGAAGAUUGUGAAGACUUGCUUAGCUAAUCGCAUGGGCGAUGAGCACUUGAGUAAUAGGCUUAUUUGCUAUGUGGAGAAAGAAAUACUGAAGAAAGUUACCAAUGAGGCUGUGGUUCGACGUUUUAUGAACAUGGAAGGAAAAGAUCGCAAAUAUGAUAUCUAAAAUGAAAGGUAUGCAAC